AUGACUAAACUUGUCCAAGGCCAUCAAAUACCGAUCGGUCGCCGCUCUACUGGAGAUACUUCAUUUCCUCAUAAGGAAUCGUCCGAUGAUUAUGAUGAACCUGAUCCAAUAAUCAGACUACGCCCAAGAUACAACCAUGCUUUGGGUCCUUAUACCAAAGAUCCUAUAAGAAAAUUUCAGAAGCGAUCUCGUGGGAGACCAAGAAAAAUGAGGCGAGGAAUUUUAGAUAUCCAACCCUCCACAGGAGAACAAUUACCGAAUUCCCAAACAUCAGAGUCUACUUCCACUGAACCAGUGACUAUAGUAAUUGAUGAUUCUGAUGAGGAAAAUGAUGUGAUUUUAUUGGAUGAUUAUAUCGACGGGCCUCCCACUAAGCGCAGAACCUUGAGAUCCAGCUUUGAGCACUCAAACUCACUCAGCGCCGAUGUGAACAUGCCAGUUUGGGUAAGUAAUAUCCUAUAUACUUAA